UGGUGGGUGGGGGGAGCAGAAAUGACCGCUGCUUCGGAUUAAUGUUGAGUCGGAGCGGCAAAGCGGCACGAGGACAUCGCUCCUACACACGUGCUAGUUUACUCACCACCACCAGCAGCAGCACCAGCUCACCACCAGCUCACUCUACCCACAAUCUCGCCGGUCGCACGCGUUCUGUCUCUCUCUCUGUGCCCGCGGCUGCUGCUUGCUGCUGCUUGCUGCUGCUGUUGCUUGCUGCUGCGUCGCGCUCUGCAAAUCGGUGACACCUCCACCCCUUUGGCAGACUACAAACAAACGCCCACCACUUGCUGGUGGUGUUGUUGUUACGUUACCUAUCUCUGUCCCUCUACGACAUUUAUCCUGACGUCGUCGUCGUCGUUGUUGUCGAAAUUGAAGAUUAACGUUAGAAUUUUUAUUUUUAAAAACCUCCCGUGGUUUUUAAUUCUACAUUUUUGUUGUAUGUUGGGCCAUCAAUUUGCUUUUUUGUUAAACGGCGGAUACAGCUCUGAAUAACAAUAAUACUGGCAGCAGAUCUCGGCUCGUAGGAGAGAGAGCGAGAGAGCGAGAGAGAGAGAGAUCUCUCUCUGUCUCUUAUAGCACGCGCCAAAGGCUGCACGCUACUCAAUAGAAACGCGGACAGCAUCACAGAGACAUCAGCAGCAGCAGCAUCCGAUGUGGAGGUUUCUUCUUUCAGCCGCGGAGCGAGGAUUAACGCGGGCAGGACAUCUGAUGCAGCCACUCCAGUGAGCAGCACGAGACGCCGAGGCCACGGGACAUCGUCGCCGUACGGGCGGUCGACUAAAGACGCUCGUACCGUCACCACCGCUGCGUGUCCCUUUCUCGUGAGCCACGAGGAAUCCGGACGAUGUCGCAGCCGGCGCUGGUGCUUGUGACUCUGCUGCUGCUGCUCGCUGCUUCGCCCAGCGCCGAGACUCAAGGCGAGAGACGCAAACCGCGCGGCAGCAGGUCGGCGCGUGCGGUCGACAUCCCCGUGGUGCCGGUUGCUGCUGCUGCUGGCGAUGAGGCCGUGGGCCGCUGCUCCUACACCUUCGUGGUGCCGUCCAACGCCCCGCCGGGCCCCGUGUGCGUGCGCGAUGGCGGAACCUCUUCCUCCUCGUCGUCGUCGUCAUCAUCGCAGCAGCCGCCGGCGGGGAAUUGGAGCGGCGGUCCCUGCCGCUCGGAGCUCGGAACUCUUCGGGACGAGCUGCGUCGCCACGGGCGGCAGAUCACGGCGCUUCAGCAGCUGGUGGAGGUGGACGGAAGCCUGGUGGGCGAGGUGAAGCUGCUGCGUAAGGAGAGCCACAACACGAACGCGCGCGUCACGACGCUCUAUGCGCAGCUGCUGCACGAGAUGAUCCGCAAACGCGACGGGGCCCUGGACGCCGCGCAGCUCGAGGCGCGCAUCCUCAACCAGACGGCCGACACCCUCCGCCUGCUCGCCAGCUACCACGAGCUGCAGCGUCGGUUCGCCGCGCUCACCGCCGUGGUGACCAACCAGACGGCCACCAUCUCCCGCCUGGAGGAGCUGUGCCGACCACGCCACGCUCCUCCGUGCGUCGACGGAGGGACCCCCCUCGCUCUGCCGUGCCCCCCGGCUCAUCCCGGGGGGGCCUUGCCCCCCCUCCAACCUGAGCCGCCGGCCUUCGCCUACAAACACUCGGCCCACAAAAUCUCGACCAACGAGAUCCUGGGCGAGGGGGGCGCGUCGCGCCGGGCGGCCGAGAGGGGGGCCCCCCCGCGCGUCCCCCCGGCCCAGCCGCAGCCUCGUGCCGCCGCUCCUCCCUCACCGCCGCGUCCGGCGCCGACCCCGGGGCGAGCCGCCGCUGCCACCACCGCCGCCGCCACAGCUGUGCCAGCAGCUGGCACCGGCUCCACCACCCCAAAGCCAUCAGGCCCGUGGCGGGACUGCCUGCACGCCCUGGACGAGGGUCAGCAGACCAGCGGGAUGUACCUCCUGCGUCCGCGCGGCGCGACGCGCCUGGCGCAGGCGUGGUGCGACCAGCAGCAGGAUCCCGGCGGCUGGACCGUCAUCCAGCGGCGCCACGACGGCUCCGUAAACUUCUUCCGCAACUGGGACGCGUACAAGCAAGGGUUCGGCAACAUCGACGGCGAGCACUGGCUGGGGCUGGACAGCGUCCACGCGCUGACCAGCGCCGGCGACUACAAGCUGCUCGUAGUGCUGGAGGACUGGCAGGGCCGUCGCGUGUUCGCUGAGUACGGCAGCGUGCGCGUCGCGGGCGAGGCCGAGGGGUACCGCCUGCGUCUCGGGCAUUUCCGCGGCACGGCGGGCGAUUCGCUGGGCUGGCACAACGGGCGUCAGUUCACCACGCUCGACCGGGAUCGUGACAACUUCUCCGGUAACUGCGCCCACUUCCAGAAGGGCGGCUGGUGGUACAACGCCUGCUCGCACUCCAACCUCAACGGCGUGUGGUACCGGGGCGGCAACUACCGCAGCAAGUACCAGGACGGCGUGUACUGGGCCGAGUUCCACGGGACGUCCUACUCGCUCCGCAAGGUCACCAUGAUGAUCCGGCCCAACCCCUCCAUGUUCCACUGAGGGCGAAGCGCAGCCCCCCUCCUCCCUCCUCCUCCCCCGUGUCCUGUCACCUCCCUCAAGCCCCCCCCCCCCCUCUCUGGUCACCUCUCUCACCCCCCCCCUCUCUACUCACCU